UCAGCUGUCAAUUCUUCCCAUAGGAGUGAAGGAGUGUCAUCAGACCACUAUUUUUAGGAUAAUCGCUGCCAUUCUGCACCUGGGGAAUUUGGACAUCCAUGCAGAACGGGAUGGCGAUGCCAGUUACAUAUCGAGCCAGGACGAGCACUUGAUCAAGUUCUGCAGCCUGCUGGGCACGGAGCAGAGCCAGAUGCAGCACUGGCUGUGCCAUCGCAAGCUGGUCACCGCGGCCGAGACCUACGUGAAGGUCAUGUCAGUGCAGCAAGUGGUGAAUGCCAGAAACGCCCUGGCCAAGCACAUCUAUGCCCAGCUCUUCAGCUGGAUCGUGCAGCACAUCAACAAGGUCCUGCACACCACCGUGAAGCAGCAUUCCUUCAUCGGUGUGCUCGAUAUCUACGGGUUUGAAACUUUUGAAGUGAAUAGCUUUGAACAGUUUUGUAUCAACUACGCCAACGAGAAGCUUCAGCAGCAGUUCACCUUGCACGUCUUUAAGCUGGAACAAGAUGAGUACAUGAAGGAGGGGAUCCCUUGGACUCUCAUCGACUUCUGUGAUAACCAGCCCUGCAUAGACCUCAUCGAGGCAAAACUUGGCAUCUUGGACCUGCUGGAUGAAGAGUGCAAGGUUCCCAAAGGCACCGACCAGAACUGGACGCAGAAGCUGUACAGCCGGCACGGCGGGAGCCAGCACUUCCAGAAGCCCCGCAUAUCCAAUGACUCCUUCAUCAUCCUGCACUUCGCUGAUAGGGUGGAAUACCAGAGUGAGGGAUUUUUGGAGAAGAACAGGGACACUGUGUACGAGGAACAGAUCAAUGUCCUGAAAGCCAGCAAGUGUCAAAUGGUAGCAGACUUAUUCCAAGAUGAGAAGGAUACGGCACCUGCUGCUUCCAAGGGCAAGGGAACAUCCAAAAUCAGCGUCCGUUCUGCUACACCAGCCGUCAAAGCUGCCAAUAAGGAGCACAAGAAGACGGUGGGACACCAGUUCCGCAACUCACUGUAUUUGCUGAUGGAUACCCUGAACGCCACCACCCCGCACUACGUGCGCUGCAUCAAGCCGAACGACAAGAAGCUCCCUUUUAGUUUUGAUCCGCGUGGAGUGGUGCAGCAGCUGAGAGCCUGCGGAGUGCUGGAGACCAUCCGCAUCAGUGCAGCCGGCUUCCCAUCCAGGUGGACCUACCACGACUUUUUCAACAGGUAUCGUGUUCUUAUGAAUAAGAGAGACCUCUUGAAGAGCAACAAGAAGUGGAUCUGUCAGUCCCUGCUGGAAGGCCUCAUCAAGGAUCCAGACAAGUUCCAUCUCGGACACACCAAGAUCUUCUUCCGUGCAGGCCAGGUGGCCUAUCUGGAGAAACUGCGAGCAGAUAAGUUCAGAGCUGCCACAAUCAUGAUUCAGAAGACGGUGCGGGGCUGGCUGCAGAGGCUCAAGUACCAAAGGCUGAGACGAGCUGCAGUCGUCGUCCAGCGCUACACGCGUGGGCACCUGGCACGGAGGCUUUCCAAGCACCUGAGGAGGACGAGAGCUGCCAUCGUCUUCCAGAAGCAGUACCGAAUGCUGCGGACCUUCCAAGCUUUCCAGAGGGUCCGCAAGGCAACCAUCACCAUCCAGGCUUUUGCUCGGGGCAUGGUUGUCAGGAAGAUGUAUCGCAAGAUGCUCAUGGAGCACAAAGCCAUCAUCCUCCAGAAGCACAUCCGGGGCUGGCUGGCCCGCACUCGCUUCCUCCGCAUCAGGAACGCCACCAUCGUCCUGCAGUGCUACUACCGGCGCGCGAAGGCCAGGCAGGAGCUGAAGGCGCUGAAGAUCGAGGCCCGCUCGGUGGAGCACCUGAAGAAGCUCAACAUUGGCAUGGAGAACAAGGUGGUCCAGCUUCAGAGGAAAAUUGAUGAGCAGAACAAGGAAUGCAAACUCCUGAACGAGCAGCUCGUCGUGCUCAAAGCUGCCCAGUUAACUGAGGUGGAAAAGCUGAAGAAGGAACUGGUGCAAUACCAGCAGAACCAGCGGGGUGGUGACAGCCAGCUUGUCAGCCUGCAAGAAGAGAGGGAUGGCCUCCAUCUGGAGCUCAAAAAGGUUCAUGCAGAGAUGAAGGCCAUGGAAUACAGCUAUGUUAAGGAGAAAGACCUCUUGAGAAAGCGUGUAUCCGACUUGGAAAUGGAAAACGCUGUCCUGAAGCAGGAAAAAGAGGAGCUUAACAGCAGUAUUUUGUGUCAAUCUGAAGAUGAAUUUGCACAAAAAACGGCUGAUGAAGUUAUCCAGAUCAAGAAAGAGCUGGAAGAGGAGAGAUCUCGUUAUCAGAACCUGGUAAAAGAGUAUUCGAGGCUGGAGCAGAAAUAUGACAACUUGCAGGAUGAAAUGACUAUUAUAAAGCAAGUACCAGAGCACAAGAGAAACCCAUCCAGCCAGAGCAGUUUGGAGUCUGACUCCAAUUACCCGUCCGUAUCAACCUCCGAGGUUGGAGACACCGAGGAUGUCAUACAACAAGUGGAGGACAUAGGGGCAGAGAAGGCAGCCAUGGACAUGACCCUCUUCCUAAAGCUGCAGAAGCGAGUGAGGGAUCUCGAGCAGGACAGAGAGAAGCUGAAGACCCAGCUAGAGAAAAAGGAACAAGAGAGCAAGAAAUCCCAGGCUGUUGAAAUGGAGACUGAAGAGGCUUCGGACCACCAUGAAGAUUUUGCAUACAACAGCCUGAAGAGGCAAGAGUUGGAGUCGGAGAACAAGAAGCUGAAAAAUGAACUCAAUGAGCUGAGGAAGGCAAUCGCAGACCAAGCAACCGAGAACAACUCAUGCAAUGAUACUCAGGACAGCUACAACCUCUUACUGAACCAGCUGAAAACAGCCAACGAGGAGCUGGAAGUGCGGAAGGAAGAGGUGCUCAUCCUGAGAUCGCAGAUCAUGAAGGCAGCCCAGCAAAAAGAGACGGGGAAGAACAUGGAGAACACCCCCACCAAUGCCAGCUGGCCGAACAGCGACAGGAACGUUGACCGGGAGGACGCGAUCGAAGCCUACCAGGGAAUAUGCGAGGUGAAUCG